AUGACCCAACCAGAAGAUCCAGCUAAGCUGGUGCCUGGAACAACAGGGAAGAUGCCACCAAUUCCACAAGGCGCCAAGAUUCAGAAGCGUCCGCUCACUCGGCGCCAGCUCCCAGCGUCGUCCAAGACGCCGGUCAUCUACGUGUCUUCAAAGUCUCCCUUCAUGUCCGUUGUGAAGCGGACUAGGAAAUUUUUGGACAAGGCCUUACGUAACAAUUCUUCUUCUUCUAAGAAUUUGUCAUUGCACGCUCGCGUCGAGGCUUUGAAGCGGGACAGCAGCAGUGAGGCUGCCCGUGGAGCGGUCGUGACGGUGAUGGGUACCGGUAAAGCUAUUGAAAAGACGCUGAGCGUUGCAAGCUGGUUUGAGCAGCAAGGAGAUUGCGUUGUCAAACUUCGAACACGGACUAUUGGGACCGUGGACGACGUGGUUGUUGAAGAUGCAGACGACGCGUUUGGAGACGACAAUGAGAGUCGGUUGAGGAAGCUCAACUGCUUGGAGGUUGCUAUAAGCCUAAAAUGA